GAACUGGGUGUGCAACUGCUGGGACCUGCCUCUGAAGGACAUGAAAAUUUUCCUCCCAGAAAUGCAAUAAAAGACCAAGAGAGCAACCAACAGAUACAGCAGCUGGAAUCUGAACUCAAGAAAAAGCGCAAAAAAUGUGAAAACCUUGAGCAUGAAGUGAGGAAAAAGCAUAAAAGAUGCAAAGAGCUGGAGAUCCAGCUGCAGGAGGUACAAAGUGAAAAUGCACGACUGGCUGAAGAGAACUUGCAGCUGAAUGAGAAGACUGGAUGGGCAGGACAGGUGGAAUGUGAGAAUGCUCACCUGAAAUUGCAGGUUGUUUUGGUUACUAAGGAACGAGAUUCAGUAAUUCAGACGAACCAAGGACUCCAAACCAAGCUGGAGAAUCUAGAGCACGUGCUGAAGCACAUGCGAAAUGUGGCUGAGCGAAGGCAGCAGCUGGAAGUCGAGCACAAGGAAGCUCUGCUAGUCCUGCAGGAGAAGCAAGAGGAAGUCAGACGGUUGCAGCAGGCACAGGCAGAGGCAAAAAGAGAACAUGAAGGAGCAGUACAGCUACUGGAGGCCCGGGUGAAAUAUCUAGAGGACCAGUGUCGCAGUCAAACAGAGCAGUUCAGCCUCUUGUCUCAGGAGCUCAAGCAAUUCCGGCUUCAAACAGGAAAAAUCGACCUUCUCACCUCUACACUGGUGACUUCAGAGCUUCCUCUUGCUCUGUGCAGCUCUACCCCACAGUCCCACUCGGAGAAGGAAUCAACUGUUCCUGGAUUGCUCACUCACCAGAGUGCAAAGAAGGUUCAGAAUGAAGAGACUAAGUUGGAGUCAUUGCAGCAAGUGCCUGAUGCCACUGCUGGUUCCCCAGUUGCUGCUCCCAAUUCACAGAAACAAGCCAAGAAAAUGGAGUCUCAGUCAAAUUCUUCAAAAUCAGAAUCCAUGCAGAACAGUCCGAAAUCCUGCCCAACUCCAGAGGUGGACACUGCAAGUGAAAUGGAAGAACUGGAUGUUGACAGCAUCUCUGUGAUGCCAGAGCAAGGCAGCCAAGGCCCUGCAAAGCUGCAGGUGUUCCUGGCUCGAUACAGCUACAAUCCUUUUGAUGGACCUAAUGAAAAUCCAGAGGCAGAGCUUCCACUGACUGCUGGAGAAUAUAUUUACAUCUAUGGAGACAUGGAUGAAGAUGGCUUCUUUGAAGGGGAGCUGAUGGAUGGCCGGCGAGGGCUGGUCCCUUCCAAUUUUGUUGAGAGAGUUUCAGAUGAUGACCUCGUGACGUUUCUGCCUUCAGAGCUGAAUGAUCUCACCCAUAGUUCAUACCAGGAGAAAAGUUUUGUCAGUGCAAGCGCCAGCAGUGGAGAUAAGAGUGAUAUCUCCACUGAAGAGAGUAGCAUCAGUCCAUUGGCCAGUAGAGCAGAAGGAGACCAGGAGGAACCUGUUAGUCAUACAGCAGUGCCUUACCCAAGAAAAUUGACUUUGAUUAAGCAGCUUGCCAGAAGUAUAGUUGUAGGCUGGGAACCACCACUUUUGCCAGCUGGCUGCCCAGAGAUACAAAGCUACAACAUCUAUGUGGAUGAAGAGUUACGUCAAAAUGUGAAGAGCAGCUUUCAGACCAAAGCAGUGAUUGAAAAGCUGGAUCUGAAGACAAAGACUUACCGUGUAUCUGUGCAGACUGUGACAGAGCGAGGCAGUUCUGAUAAACUGCGAUGCACUUUCUUUGUGGGGCAAGAUUUUUCCAUGACACCAACAAUGCUGAAAGUCAGAAGUGUCACUGCCACAUCAGCUGAGGUCACGUGGCUUCCCUGCAACAGCAAUUACCACCAUGCAGUGUACCUCAAUGGGGAGGAACGUGACGUGACAAAACCUGGGGUCUACUGGUACACCUUCCGUGACCUGCUGCCUAGCACUCAGUAUGUUGCCAAGCUGGAGGCCCGACCCUUGAAAACCCCUUGGGAAGAGGUCCCUGAAGGGCAGGAGCAGGACUCAGCUGAAAUACACUUCACUACCCCACAAGCAGGCACUCCUGAUGCUCCUUUGGAUGUCCAGGUGGAAGCUGGUCCCUCACCAGGUAUCCUUGUUAUCAGCUGGUUGCCUGUCACCAUUGAUGCUGAAGGAUCUUCCAAUGGAGUUCGAGUCACAGGUUACGCAGUGUACGCGGAUGGGCAGAAGAUGAUAGAAGUUACUUCUCCAACAGCUGGGAGUGUCCUGGUGGACUUGUCCCAGCUGCAGAUGUUCCAGGUGUGCCAGGAGGUUUCUGUGAGAACAAUGUCUCAGUACGGGGAGUCGGUGGAUUCAGUUCCAGCCCAGAUUUCCUCAGUCUUGCUGCAAGCCUCUCACUGCUCUUUACCUUCAGAUUCUGCUGUUUCCACCACUGGACUACCCCGUGGAGAACCCAGGGGCUCUCUGCCUGCACGCAACCCACCCACACGCCAGACAGCUGCACUCCUGCUUCAACAGAAAGUUUCGACUUGUAGCUCAGAUGCCAAAUUGGCUGAGCUGUCCUCCAGCCAUGACGGCUCAGCACAGUCUCUGCCAGAGAAGGCCUCUUCACCACCACACCUUUCCUCUCCCAGUGCUUCCUUGGUGGAGGUUUUAGGCACUUCUCCACAGGGAUCCGAUGCUGUACAAGACAAGGAGUGUCUGACUGUACCUUCUCAGCAAGCUGGCAGUACAGUGCUCCCCGGGGCAGGCAAGGAGCCUGUCUCCUCAAGGGAAGCAGAAUUGCAAGGCCUGAGUGAAGGGAUGGAGGUGCAGAUGGAGCAAUCUGCAACCAAAGUGCCAGAGCUGGAAAGCCCACCCAACAGUAGUCUGCAGAUCUGUAUGGAGACCUGCCAUGCAUGCUCUGUGGAGGAGUCACCAAAAGAUCCCAAUGCUGAACGAGAGAAAGAGGCAAAGGAGAAACAUUUGAGCACAGAGCCUCUGCCCUCCCCCAGUCAGGCUGAGGGGACAGAGGGCACCUCACAAAACAGAAGUGUGAAUGGGAGCAGCUGCCAGGAGUUCCUGAGGUUGUCACCUGGCAAGGAAGUGGUGAAAGAAAUCUCCAGAGUGAAAAGAGAGCAAGAAGAAAAAAUGUCUGAAAUGGGAAGAAGGCAGCUGACUCUUUUUGCUGAGCACAACCGUAGUUCUGACCUUUCAGAUAUUUUGGAAGAGGAGGAAGAAGAUGAGCUGUCUUCAGAAGCUCUGGAAGAGAAGAAAGGGGAUGAGAGAGAGCCAUGUUCCCAGGAGAAUGGGGAAAAGAUGGAUCUUUGUGAUACUGACAGCGAUGAGGAGAUUCUGGAGAGGAUCCUAGAGCUCCCACUUCAGAAAAACCACAGCAAGAAAUUAUUCAGCAUCCCUGAAGUGACUGAAGAUGAGGAUGAAGAGGAGGAUGAGAAGCAUGUUAUGGAGGAAAAGGCAAAUCCUCAAGACUCCUUAGAAACACCUACCUGCCAUUCAGGAAGGACAGAGAAGCUGCUUAACAAGGAGACAUUUCUAAAGGCAGAUGGGAGUAAUUCCUUCACAGAUCUGUCCACUCAGACUCCACAGAAGGAGUGUGGUGUUAAUGAGAGCAGGGGGGAUGUGGACCACGGGAAUCCUGCCUUUGUCCAGCUGACUUGGAGUCAGAAGAAGGCAAACUGGAACUCCUGGGGCUACCAGGAGAAUGAUCCAAAGCCUGGGACGGGGGCAAGUCUUGCUUGGAGCAAAAAGAAGGGGAACAAUUAUCGAGAGAAGAUCCGGAGUCGGACCGAGAUGGGUAGGAAGAGACAGAAUGAUUUAACAGAGCACUGCAGUCGUCUGCUGGGUAACUGCAGCCAGAUGGGAGGUGGGUUAUACAGAGCUCCUAGCCUCAGGGAGGAGCUGAACGUGGUGAGCAGUGCUGAGGGUAAGGAUGGGUUUGAUAUGUACAGUCGUGCCAGACAAGGCACCUUACGAAAAAUCCCCAUGAAAGCAGUGGCUUCAGGGUUUACAGAACCUGCUGUGACAGCAGCUCACAGCUCCAGCCCCAGGAGCCUGGAAAUAGAUAUUGAGUAUGACUCUGAAGAUGAUCAGGAUUUGAGCUGCACAUCCCUCCCUGACAGCAGGCAGUGGCCAGAAAGGUCCCAGAGCUGUCAUAGGGACUGGAAAGAUUGCUCUGAUCAGUCUGAAGUUACCAACAUGGAUGGUGGAAGGGACCUGACCAGACUGGAGAUGAUGGAAGAGCAGAGUAUGGAGUGGGCUGGGUCUCCAAGCCAACGCCUCCAAUCCUACUGCCAGGAGAAGGAAGUGCUGAGAUGUGAGAGCAGUUCUGAGGAGCAGAGCUGGGAGCUGGACUGUAAGUCACCUGGCUGGAGAAGGAGGCUCCAACAUCCUUCGAAGGGGAUACGUAGCACCUCCUUGCACAAAAGGGCACCUGGUAACAAAGACCACAGGGGCCAGGAGCCACCUGGCACAGCUGCCUGGCAGGCUCCCAGCAGGAGAGGGAACAAGAGCACAAGAAGAAGUCAAAUGCAGAAACCUUUGCUCCCUUGUCCAGAUCCUCCAAAGAGCACCACAUCAGAAACCUCUGUUAAAGAUGAUGGCAUUAGAAUAUUUGUGGCUCUCUUUGACUACGAUCCCAUUUCUAUGUCUCCUAACCCUGAUGCAGCAGAAGAGGAGGUUCCAUUUAAGGAGGGACAAAUCCUGAAAGUAUGUGGAGACAAGGAUGCUGAUGGCUUCUACAGGGGUCAGUGUGGAGGAAGGGAAGGGUACAUUCCCUGCAACAUGGUAUCAGAAGUCCAGGUGGACAGUGAUGAAAUCAAGAAGCAGCUCCUAAAGCAAGGGUUCCUACCAGCUGACAGACCAAGGGAGAGCACAGGAAAUGGCACAUUUUCUCCACCUCCACGCCGCCAAAUGGUGCCUCCUCCAAAACCCAGACGCUCCAAGAAAGCAGGGCUGGGUAAGGAGAAGUACAAGUCUCACCCAGGACAGAAGCAGAAAGACUUUGAAGCUGAACUGCUGACUUCUCGAAGUAUGGUGGCUGUCUUUGACUAUAACCCUAAGGAGAGCUCUCCAAAUGCAGAUGUAGAGGCUGAACUGACUUUCAGUGCUGGGGACAUUAUCACUGUUUUUGGGUCCAUGGAUGAUGAUGGGUUCUAUUACGGAGAGCUGAACCAACAGAGGGGGCUUGUCCCAUCUAACUUCUUGGAAGCAGUGACUUCAGAUGGAGGCACAUUGGAGGAACUUCAUUCAAAAGAUAAAGAAGCUUUUCUCCUGGGUGCUGAGAGCCAGAGAAUGAGGAAGAGAAGAGUCCAGUGAUAGAUAUGAAUGAUACAUGGAGAGCAACCAUUUAAAUCCAGAUGGGUCUGUUAAUCAGAGUGAAUCCUCACUGACUCCUACUCAACCACCUUCCUGCCUUGUCAUGGAUGAGCAGUGUCCUCAGCAGGCAUUGCUGGCUGCUUUCAAAUGCAGUGAUGUACCUGGUCGGAGCAAAAAAAGGAGAGGCUUUUUCUUCAAAGGAAAAAAGAUCUUCAAAAAACUUGGGUCCAGUAAGAAAAAUUAACAAGGGAUUU